UGAAAACUUGGUAGCUCGAGCGUCUUCCCCUUUGGAUUUGGCUGGGUUGUGUUGACAACGUGGUGAAGAAAGCGUGUGAAGCAGUUGUUUUGAGAGCACUCCGAAAGUACGUCGGGCAACGGGGAUGUGGAAGAAGUAUUCAUCACUUAACCGGUAGGAGACAGCAAUGCACUGAAGGUUUCCAGUCUGCCGGAAAUCAAGAAGAGGAAGAAGUUAAAACGGUCAGUUUGGCAGACAAAAAUGGAGGAAAUCUUCAGGAAAGUUGUCCAAGUCAACAUAAGAUGUCGAGACUGCGACGAAAGAAAAGCACACAUCUGCGUCACCAUUGACCUUGUGUCGAGAAAAAGCGCCGUUCACAAACGAGAUCUCCAGGUGAGAUUAACGGAUGACACCGAUCCAUUCUUCCUCUACAACCUCAUACUUUCCGAGGAGGACUUCCAAAGUUUGAAAAUCCAGCAAGGGCUAGUCUUUGAAUUCAUCUCAUUCCCCAAGAAACUGAUUGAUCUUCUUCAUCAGUGUCAGUCCGAAGAGAAUUCCAGCCAUCCCAGUUUCAAGUUGCUUCUGUCAUGUGACUCGGCCUCACUGGACGGCCCCGCCCACUUGAGCGUGGUGCAGAGCAACUCGUUCAAGGAAAUUAACUUUCUUUCUCUGAGGCUCACGAAGAGCUCGGACAAGAACGUCAAGGUCUACCUGGCAGCCUGUCUUUCCUCUCUCAAGGACGAGAAAGAAGCCCUCGAGGUGAAACUGCAAAAGACUGAAGAUGAUCUUAGCAGUCAGCUCAACAACGCUCAACAAAUGCUGUCUGAGAAGAGCAAAGAGUUGGACCGUCUGCGCUCGGAAUGGGCCCACGAGUUACAGUCCGAGCGGGUUAAGGCGGCCGAGUUGCAGGAGCGCCUGCAGCAGCAGAUGCAGCAACGCUGCCAGGAUCUGGAGAGCGAGCACAAGCGCACCAGCCAGCAGACGCAGAGCCGCCUGACAGAGCUGGAGACCUCCUGCAGGGAGCUGACCGACAUGAAGUACAAGAACAAGGCCACCAUCAUGGACCUCAAGUCCAAGCUGGCAUGUGUGGAAGAGGAGUGCCAGAGCGGCAAGCAGCUGUUGGCGUCACAGAGGCGGGAGAACGACUCUCUGGAUGCAACGCUACAAGGCAAAGAGCGCCUGACCAUGCAGCUGCAGAGGCGCUUGGACGUCCUGGAGCAGGAAGUCAAGGACAAGAAGCAGCUGUUGUGUCAAACCAAGGAGAAACUGAAGGAAACGCAGCAGCAGAAGCAAUCCAUCCAGGUGGACACUAAGGUCAAAGAAAAUCAGAUACAAAAACUUGAAGCUGCGCGGAUGAUUUUGUCUGAAGAUGUGAAUAAGGGCAACGAGAUCAUCAGGAAGUUUCAGUGGGACCUGGAAAACCAGAUGGGCAAGCUCCAGCUGAGGGACAAAGCGCUGGAAAAUCAGGAGAAGGUUCUGCAGGACACCUCGGCCAAACUGAAGAUGGCGCAGAAUGAAGCGCGACACGCUCGUCAGGAGCUCAGUGCCAAGGAUGAGCGGAUUUUGAAUCUGGAGGAGCAGCUGGAGUCCAGUGUGCAGAAGCUAGCUGAGUCCAAGGAAGCGUUACAGAACAAGGAGAACGUGGUCAGCGUUCUGAACAGGCAGCUGACCAAGGAGUGGCUGUCCAAAAUGGAACCGAAGCUUUCGGAGAACACGUCGGCGGCGCUGACGUCAGCAGGACUUCGAGUAAACCAGGCACACUUUUAUCCUCACGCGUUAAAAGCUGCCGUGACGCCUGACGCCAUUCACAAUUAUGUAACGAGUGAGUGUGCCGGUGGUCUGGAUACCAAAUACUUUGAGAGGAGUGACGACAGCAUCCCCGUAUACGGUUUUCCAUCCCCGGUCAUUCCUAGAGCUGACAUCACAUCUCACAAGUUCCCACCUCCACCCAGCAAAGCUCCUGUGGCUUCAGCGUACUUCCCCUGUUAAUUCUUCUCGUCUCAUGAACAUGAUUCUGCCAAGAUUGUGCUUCUGAGUUGGCAGCAUGUGUGAUGAGAGCUCUGCUCUCUUUUCUCUAGGUCUGUGCUUUUCCAUCUUUUCUGUAGUUUUGUGCUCAUUGUGCGUCAUGUGGACCCAUUGUUGACUGUUUUUGGUGUUUUGGGCCCGGGUACUCGCUGGAAGGGAGUGUCGGCGCUUGGGGUUGCUGCCAACGAGAGCGGAGAAUGUUGCCGCUUUUGUGACAGUCGCUGCUCGACAGUGAUGGUACGACGGUGGGCUGCUAUUUGGUUUGUGCCUCAACCUGGCAGCUUUUUUGCAAGCAGCUCCAUUUUUGGUGAAAAUGGCGCUGGAGUGUCUGUGGUAUGGCUGUGAGGAGCAGGACCAUGAGGAUCCUCCCCCGUUAUGGAGCCAACUACAUCCUUUGGAGAGGAAUGAGAGUCGGUGUUAAAAAGAACAGCGAAGCAAGAGACAUGACUAAAUGGCACAAGAAAAUUGAAACCAAUCUUUCUGUAGGUGCGUUGCUGGCCAACAGAUGAACUAUCUGAUGCUGGAGGACUGCAGUUGCUUGUUUUACUUUCAAAUUCUGCUUCUAGUGAGUGACAUCAUGCAUAAUUUAGGAUCCUGGCGCCUUCGAUACUGGUCAAAGGAGGCUCAUCUCUCUCAUCUACUUGAUAUGAUGUAUGGUCUAUUUUGAUUGGAGAAGAGGAUUUUUUUUCUGGUUAUUUAUUAUUAUUGUUAUUAUUUAGUGUUUUGUCUAUCUAUUUUAUGUUUUGGUUUGGGUACGUCACAUUGUACAAUUUUUUGUCUAAGUCUAUUUUGCCUUGUUUUACUCUGCUUUCUGCAGCCAUGUAAGCAUUGCAAAUCAGAAACUAUUCUCAAUGGGUUUACUGGGAUAAAUCAAGGUAUAAAAAAGUAAACUUUUAAAAAAAAAAAUCAUUAACUCUGUGACGGGACCCAAUUAUUAUUAUUAUUAUUAUUAUUAUUUUCCUGGAUGCCUCCCUGGUAAAUUGUUCCAGGCAGGUCCCACCUGGAUGAGGACCUGGGGACGACCCAGGACACGCUGGAGAGAAUAUGUCUCCCAGGCCAGGAAACCCCUCAGGACCUCCCCGGAAGAGUUGGACGAAGUUGCUGGGGAGAGAGAAGUCUGGGCUUCCAUGCUUAAGGUGCAGCCCCCGACCCAGGAAAAGCGGAAGAUGGACUGAUGUAUAAAUUUUGAUAUAACGUAUAUUUCGCCAUUUGGCUGCAUUUCACAGCAUUAUAACUAAAAAUAAUAAUAAAUCUAAUGUACUGUACUAUGUUUAAAUGUGUUGUUUUAAAAGUAUUUAAUAAA